UUAAAUAAAAUGUUGAAAGAAUUUAAACAAAGACUUUUCUUACCUCAUUAUGUUGCAAAUUUACUUUUCAUAUUACCAUACUUGAUUAUCCGUUAUAUUCUACCGUAUGAUUAUUUAGAUAUUAGUAUCGAGGUAACAAGAAACCUUUUAAAUGAGGAUAUCAAUAUAUUCUGGAAGCUUUGUUCAGAUGCAUUUAAUCACAACAAAUUUACAUCAUUUAUUCUAUUUGUUGAUAAGCAUAUUGUGGAAUUAGGAUGGUUUGACAUAAGAGUGAACUAUGUUUCAUGGCUCAAUGAAUUAAAUAAAAUGUUGAAAGAAUUUAAACAAAGACUUUUCUUACCUCAUUAUGUUGCAAAUUUACUUUUCAUAUUACCAUACUUGAUUAUCCGUUAUAUUCUACCGUAUGAUUAUUUAGAUAUUAGUAUCGAGCUACCGGAGAAAAGAAUUUAUAUGAUUUUUACAUUUUUGAUAUCAUUAAAAUAUAAAACAACAGGAAGUUUAGAAGAGUUUUUAUCUAUUACAUUUAUAUAUGGAAAAUUGUUUAAUUUAAUAAUGUUUAGUUUAUAUGGAAAAUUUUAUCUAUCUAUACUUUAUAUUAUUAGUUGGUUUGUUUUAUAUGUAGUAUUACCACAACCAUCUUAUCAAGGAUCAUCUAAAAUUAUCGAAAUAACUGAAGAAGAUUUAAAUAAGAUUCAAUUUAACAAGAAAAUAAAAAGAUUUGAUAACAAAGAUGAUGUUGAGGAUGAUGGAAAAGAUGAGAAAGGAAAGAAGAAGAGCGAUUUAGAUGAUGAGGAAGAGGAUGAGGAUCAAGAUGGAAAACAAGAAGCAUCUCAAAGUAGUAAAUUAAGGAAAAAGAAAAAUAAGAUUGAAGAAGAGGAAGGGGAAAAUGAGGAAUACUGGAUAAUAUUUUGUUAUGUAUCAUGGAGCAAUGUUUGUAGAAAUUUUGAACCAGUUGUUGCUGAAACUUCCUUAAAAAAUAUAAACUUUGCAAAGAUUGAUCUAGAGAAGUAUCCAUCGGUAGCAGACGAAUAUAAUAUAUCAUUGUCACCAUCAAAUUUCGAUAUACCAACUUUACUAUUAUUAAAAAAUGGAGAUUUAAUUAGUAGAUUGCCUCAAGAUCCUGACACUAUUAUAAAUCAAAAUGAUCAAAUGAAACAAGUUAAAAGUCCAUUAAUUAAAAAUAUUAAAGUUACUUGGGAUAGAUUAGGUUGGGGUCGAGACAUGCUUAUCUUAAAUCCUGCUAAUUUGACUACAUGUGAAGGUACAACUACAUCCUUGGCAAUGUAA